CGGUCGUCAGUGUCUGGUUCACCAACUCCCUUAGGCUCGUACUGGUAGACGUUGUGCAGUGUGACUUUACUUGAGAGAGGCGCUGUCAUUGCAGCUGAAGUUACACAGUCGGCGUAAAUCACUUAUUGCAAUUGUGAUUUACUGUACCGCAAGUGAGGAUGGUUGUCCGACAGUAUAAUGAAGAGCUUAAAUUCUUGGAACGUUUGUCACCUCAAUGUUGGCGCAUCAAGAAGGGUUUCCAACCUAAUAUGAAUGUGGAGGGCAUAUUCUAUGUGAAUGAUCACCUUGAAAAGUUAAUGUUUGACGAGUUACGGAAUGCUUGCCGUCCUGGGUCAAUUGGAGGCUUUUUACCUGGUAUGAAGCAGAUUGCUAAUGUUGCUGCACUUCCUGGCAUUGUUGGAAAAUCUGUUGGUCUACCAGAUGUCCACUCGGGAUAUGGUUUUGCAAUUGGUAAUAUGGCAGCCUUUGACAUGGAUAAUCCUAAGGCAGUUGUGUCCCCGGGUGGUGUUGGAUUUGACAUCAAUUGUGGAGUCCGGUUAUUGCGCACCAACCUUACUGAAGCUGAUGUUCUUCCGAUUAAGGAGCAGUUAGCCCAGUCCAUGUUUGACCACAUCCCUGUUGGUGUUGGAUCAAAGGGGAUCAUCCCUAUGACAGCUCGUGAUUUAGAGGAAGCACUUGAGAUGGGCAUGGAUUGGUCACUUAGAGAAGGAUAUAUCUGGGCAGAAGAUAAGGAGCAUUGUGAGGAGUAUGGACGUAUGGCACAAGCAGACCCAGCCAAAGUUUCCAUGCGGGCAAAGAAGAGGGGUUUGCCCCAGCUGGGCACACUGGGAGCAGGAAACCACUAUGCAGAAAUUCAAGUGGUGGAAGAAAUUUAUGACAAAUGGGCAGCCUGCAAAAUGGGAAUUGAAGAAAAAGGGCAAGUGUGUGUCAUGAUUCACUCUGGAUCUCGGGGUUUUGGACAUCAGGUUGCUACAGAUGCUCUUGUUGCAAUGGAGAAAGCAAUGAAGAGAGAUGAUAUUGAAACUAAUGAUCGACAGUUAGCUUGUGCUCGGAUCAAGUCUAAAGAAGGACAAGAUUACCUGAAAUCCAUGGCUGCAGCCGCAAAUUUUGCAUGGGUUAACCGCUCCUCCAUGACCUUCUUAAGUCGACAAGCUUUCGCCAAGCAGUUCAGAAUGAGUCCUGAUGACCUAGACAUGCACGUAAUCUACGAUGUCUCUCACAAUAUUGCCAAGAUAGAACAACACUGGAUAGAUGGGAAACUGCGUACAUUAUUGGUUCAUAGAAAGGGUUCAACUCGAGCCUUCCCACCACACCACCCCUUGAUCCCUGUUGAUUAUCAACUGACAGGACAGCCUGUCCUAAUUGGUGGAACCAUGGGUACAUGCUCUUAUGUAUUAACUGGAACUGAGCAGGGAAUGAUGGAGACCUUUGGAUCAACAUGCCAUGGUGCCGGCCGUGCUCUCUCCCGUGCCAAGUCUCGCAGAAAUCUAGAUUACAGUGAUGUCCUCAUUAAGCUCCAAGAACAGGGUAUCAGCAUUAGAGUGGCAUCUCCAAAAUUAGUAAUGGAAGAAGCUCCAGAGUCUUACAAGAAUGUUACUGAUGUUGUUGAUACUUGUCAUGCAGCUGGAAUCAGCAAGAAAUGCAUUAAACUUCGACCAAUAGCAGUCAUCAAGGGAUGAAUGUAUUGUUGUUAGUAUUCAAAUUGAAACCUAUUGGAUAAUUAUAUUCUGUACUAAAUUCAGUAAUAAACAUCAACAUUAUUAAA